AUGGAGCCGUCGAGGCGGGCCCGCGGCUGGCCCGGGGGGGACUUCUUGGCGGGGGCGGGGGCGUGCUGCUUGGCGUGCGUGUUCACGAACCCGCUGGAGGUGGUGAAGACGCGGCUGCAGCUGCAGGGCGAGCUGCGGCGUCGGGGGAGCUACGCGCGGCCCUACCGGGGGGUGGUGCAGGCGCUGCGGGCGGUGAGCCAGGCCGACGGGCUGCGAGGGCUGCAGAAGGGCCUCUCGGCCGGCCUCCUCUACCAGGGCCUGAUGAACGGCGUGCGCUUCGCCGCCUACGCCCGCCUCGAGGACGCCGGCCUCACCCAGCGCCCCGGAGGCACCGUCGGGGCUGGAGCCGGCGCCGGGGCACUCGGAGCCUUCGUGGCCAGCCCGGCCUACUUGGUCAAGACGCACCUCCAAGCGCAGACGGCGGCGGCCUUCUUCGCCGUGGGGCACCAGCACAACCACCAGGGCGUCUGGGCCGCCUUCGGGAGCAUCUACCGGAAGCAGGGGCUGCUGGGCUUGUGGCGGGGGGCGAGCGGAGCGGUGCCCCGGGUCACAGUGGGCUCCGCGGUCCAGCUGGCCACCUUCGCCUCAGCCAAGGAGUGGGUCAGGAAGCACCAGUGGUUGCCCGAAGGCAGCUGGCUGGUGGCCCUGAGCGGGGGCAUGAUCAGCGGCGUGGCUGUGGCCGUGGCCAUGACCCCCUUGGACAUGGUGAGCACCAGACUGUACAACCAGCCGGUGGACGAGAUGGGCAAGGGCAAGCACUACCGGGGUGUCCUGGACUGCUUUGUGCAGGUGGUGGGCAAGGAGGGCUCCGUGGCCCUCUACAAAGGUCUGGGCCCGGCCUACCUCCGCUUGGGGCCGCACACCACCCUCAGCCUCCUCUUCUGGGAUGAACUCCGCCAGCUCACCAGCCUGAACCACCCGGGCACCUGAAGACCCCGCUGGAGGAGGAGGAGAAAGAUUCAGCGGAGGGGAGCAGCACAGAGGCGUGCAGGGAUGCCCCCCAGGGGCGUGGAUUCACCAGAGGCUCCUCUGGGGCAAAUGAGGCGGAUGCCUCCUGGACGGUGGAAGGAGAGCUGGCCACUGGGCCUGGUUGGUUAAGGGGGGGGUUCCAGGCAGCCCCCUGAAAUGGCUGCACAGCUGGCGGGACCCCCCUGCCAUUGGAGUGAGAGCUGCUCCUGACCUCUGCUUUGGGCCAGGAUCCCUGCAAAGGGGGGGCUGAGGACCCCACCUCUUCCAAAUUCACGCUUCUGUUCUUGGACUGAGGGUCAGCGGAGUGCAGCAGCGGCAGAAGGCCCAUCUGGCUCAAGGAGGCCAAAAUCCACCAGGGAGUGGAGUCCCAAGAGCGACGGGCCCAACCCUAAGCGGCUGGGGCAAAGUCUGUUCCAGGGGGGCUGGGCCAGGCCUGGCCUGGAGCAGAACAAAUAAAGAGUCUUCUGCA